AUGUUUGGUCCUGUUCGCAUGAUGGUGCUCGUACGGGGCGCGCAUGGCGUCAGUGGAAUAUACGUGAACAAUCACAAAAUUGACAAGUUUGAGGCGGACCGUGUGAAGCUGCUGCGUCCAGCCUCCGACGGCCACACGUCCCCGGGCUACGUGAGCAAGAGCGAGCUGCUCACGAAAGAUAACUUUACCAGCGUGCAGCAGUACUACCAGUAUCUGGUGGGCGAGGACCCGGUGAAGUAUAUUGAUCUGCUGUGGGGUAAAAACAAGACCCAGCUUCCCUCCAUCUUUCGCAUCGGUAGUGGCGCGGGCUCAGCGUCUGUACCGUUUGCAACGACCCGGGCACCGGCAGUUUCGGUCAGCAACGUAACGAAGAAUACCGUUCAGUACUUUGACGAUCAAUCUACAAUCAAAAACACACUCAAUAACACGAACCUGGCAUACUUUGGUGACUACCAGCUACCUCCGGCGACUCCUCCAUCAACCGUUGUAGGCGCGACAGUGCCACAGCUGCAAUCAUUUUCCACUACCCGCACACCAACAGGUCCUAGCAGAAGGCGUAGAAAGAAGAAACCAACUCCCGCCCCCGUGCCACCCGCAGCAGCACUCGGUGUGAGUGGUCCGACCACCGUCGACCUUACCAAAGCCCAACUAACCCCAGAAACGCUGUCCCUGUUAAGCCGCUACUACUCCUUCAGCUGCACGCUAACUCCUGUGCAACCGAUUCCCUCCACAGCUACGUCAACUCCUCUACCGCCGGUCCAAAGUACAACGCGCCGCACUAAAACACGCUACCUAACGACCAAACCCACGGCUAAGACUACAACCAAGCGUCCCCAGACUACCACAGUACCAACCAACGUGAAACAGCGGAAGCCCGUCGUCUACGUCGAACCGCCGGUGAUAAAGCGCAUCGGCGGUGUGCUCGAGUCGGUGUACACGUUCAUGGAGAACGCGCUCACCAGCACGGAGUACGUGGAGGACUCGGAGGAGACGCGGGCAGCGAAGGUUCGCCCCUUGCGCGACGCCUCCGCGAGCCCCAAGGUGAAGCGCAACACCUACACGAAGGUGUCGGCAAGUGAGCCCGACUUUGUGGCCAGCAGCUCGGGCGAGGGCGACAGUGCUUCCCGCUCUACCCUGUCCGGGGCCGAUCAGACGUGGCUCCCGUUGGCGUCCUCCGAGGGUGCGGCGUCCCCCGUUACGAAACACUUUACGCCGAAGCUGGUCACCAUUUCCGGGCUGCCGUCGACGAUCAGCACGGACGGCAACAAGAACAAGAUGACGACCAACAUACAGGUGACGAGCGAGUACACGGCGGCGACUCCACCGACCGUAACGCUCGGGAGGCCGACGCCGGACGAGAGCAGUGCGGAGUACGACGACGACAGCAGCGAGUCGGAGGAGGAGUACUUUGAAGACUUUGGAGCGUUCGAAGAGACGGACGAUGAGGAUGAUGAGGAGGAGGACGAAGAGGAUGACGAGAAUGGAGAGCAGUACGGGGGUGGUAGCAGUGAGUCAGUACGCCCGAACCGUCAGACAGCGCUGUCCAACGAUAAGGACUACGAGGAAGCAGGCACAAACGUGGAGCGCCCGGUGCGCAUCAAGCGGGUGAAGAAGCGGCGGCGCAAGAAGCGUCCCGCUGUCACGAGCUACGAGGAUACGGCGGAGUACAGCGACGAGGACUCGUCGGAUGAGGCGGACGAUGAGUACGAGGAGCGGGACGAAUCGGUUGGGGAGGAUGACGACGAUGAGGAGGACUACGAGUCAGGCGAGUCGCCGGACGGGGCGGAAGGUUUCUUCAGCCGGAUGUUCUCCACGUUCGGGCGGUUCGUGAGGUCGCUCGGGUUCGGCGGGGCUGCUCGAGGAUCUCCCGACGACUAUGAGGAGUACGGGGGAGCGCGCAGUACGACACCGCGGGUGCAGAGGGUGCGUCGGCGCCCCACACGCAGUACCGCGGACGUUCCAGACUAUCUUGGGGCGGAAGUCCAAACACCUGAGAGGAGUCCAGUGGGUUGGUUGGGUUUACCUGGAGCUUAUCUGACAAAUGAGCUGGAGGAGGAGGAAGUUGCUCCAACGCUAGAGUUGCCCGCAGAACCUUCGCCCACCAGCUCCGGGUGGUUUGAUCUUAUGAUGCCUUGGGACUUUUUCAAUCCCUGGACGUCUGAUGAGUCUACAGACCAGGAAGUGAUCCCUGAAGCUCAAACUGUGCCGGCGGUGACUCCUCCACAGGUGGUAGUGACUCCAUCACCUUCCGCCCCAAUGUCGGGCUGGUUGUCACAGUUCUUCGGUACGGCAAGCACGACCACGCCGCCUCCUUCCACGACCACUCUGCCCAAGCCGGAGCAGAUACUGUCGGUGUUGGCGCAGUACGUCGCCCAGUCUGCCACCACCAAGCGUCCACUAGCAGCAGCCCCCUCGAAGCGGCCCUCGCGCACGGUAUCCUACGCCAACUACCAGCUGUGGCACAUCUUCGCACAAACCGCGGAACAGCUGCAGCGCCUGGAAGACUAUCGACAAUCGCCCGACGGCUUACGCCUCCAGUGGUGGACCCAUCCCUCCCUGCACCGGCCCACCGAUGUGUUAGUGCCGCCAGGCGCUCUUGCCGACUCGCUCCGCGAAUAUCUCGACGAGGAGGGACUGCGCCACGAACCGACCAUCCGUGACGUCGGGCAGGCGAUUGCGUACGAAAACCCAGCCAUAACGCGGCGCGAACAGCUCGAGCUGGAGCUGCACCAGGGCCAUCCACUGACCUGGUACCGGUACCAUCGGUACGCCGACAUCGUCAAGUUCCUGUACUACCUGCAGCGGCGCCACCCGGAGCAGGUGCAGCUCCUCCACAUCGGCCGCUCGUACGAGGGACGGCCCAUUACGGUGGCGCGCGUUUCGUUCCAUAGCGGCCCGAAGCGUCCGAAGCGGGUCAAAAAGCGACCAGCCGUGUUUGUGGAGGCGGGUGCGCACGGCCACGAAUGGAUCGGCCCGUCGGUGGCGACCUGGCUGCUGCACCGCCUGCUGGAGCUGCCCCAAGCCGAGCCGAGCAAUGGGACGUCGUCCGGGGAUGCGCGCACCAUUCACUCGUACGAUUGGUACGUGCUGCCGGUGCUCAAUCCGGACGGGUACGAGUACAGCCACCGGUACGAUCGGCUGUGGUCGAAGAACCGCUCCAACCACACCCAGGCGCAACCGGCCGGCGUUGGGCAGGCCCUUCUCUCCAGCGCGAUCAGCUGGUGGAACGCCGACAAGGACCCGACCGGCGAGGGAUGCUACGGCGUCGACCUGGACCGCAACUGGGCGUACCGUUGGGCGCAGGCCGUGCAUCCCGGCCAGUGCAGCGACAGCUACGCCGGCGCCGAGCCCUUCUCCGAGCCGGAGACACGGGCGGUGCGCGACUUCCUGCUGACGCGCCGGCGCCACGUCCGCCUCUACCUGUCGCUGCAGGCGUACGGCCAGCUGCUCGCCUACCCCGAGCUGGAGCGGGCCGACGAACCAGCGUACGGGCCGGACCCGCUCGGCGACGUGCACGAGAUGGGCCAGGCCGGGCUGGACGCGCUGCGUGCCGAGCCGGGCGAGUUCCUGUACGCGCUCGAGCCGGUGACCGGGCCGGCCACGUACGGCACGGGGACAGGCUAUGCGCGGUACGGGGCCGGCAUCCGGUACAGCUACACGCUGCGGCUACCGGACCGGGGGACGCACGGGUUUCUGCUGCCCCCGUCCAGCAUCGUGCCGAUCGGGCGGGACACCCUCGAGCUGCUGCGGGGCAUGCUCGACUACAAUUAG